UCUCGGUCCCCGCCAGCGGUUCAUUCUGCUGCGGCUGCGCCUGCUCGUCCUCUCGUCACCGGUGCCGCCAUGCCCGGAGGGCUCCUUCUCGGGGACGAAGCUCCCAACUUCGAGGCCAAUACCACGAUCGGACGCAUCCGGUUCCACGACUUCCUGGGAGACUCAUGGGGCAUUCUCUUCUCCCACCCCCGGGACUUCACCCCUGUGUGUACCACCGAGCUUGGCAGAGCUGCAAAGCUGGCACCAGAGUUUGCCAAGAAGAAUGUUAAGUUGAUCGCCCUCUCCAUAGACAGCGUGGAGGACCAUCUUGCCUGGAGCAAGGAUAUCAACGCUUACAAUGGUGAGGAGCCCACAGAAAAGCUACCCUUUCCCAUCAUUGAUGAUAAGAAUCGGGACCUCGCCAUCCAGUUGGGCAUGCUGGACCCAGCAGAGAAGGACGAAAAGGGCAUGCCUGUGACCGCUCGUGUGGUGUUUGUUUUUGGUCCUGAUAAGAAAUUGAAGCUUUCUAUCCUCUACCCAGCCACCACUGGCAGGAACUUUGAUGAGAUUCUCCGAGUAGUUACCUCUCUCCAGCUGACAGCAGAAAAGAGGGUUGCCACCCCGGUUGAUUGGAAGGUCGGAGAGAGUGUGAUGGUCCUGCCCACCAUCCCCGAAGAGGAGGCCAAAGCACUGUUCCCUAAAGGAGUCUUCACCAAAGAGCUGCCAUCGGGCAAGAAGUACCUGCGCUACACUCCCCAGCCCUGAGGCCGUCUCCGCUCGGGCUGCGGCUGCGGCUCCGGAGGCAGCUCCCUGGGGACAUCAGUGUGAUCACGGUGCGGUCGUGGGUCGCUCUUCUUCUGGCUUCUUCAGUGACGUGGCACGAACACCCCUCGGGACCCCACUCUGUGCCUUCACCAGCAGUGUUCCGCUCACACGUCCAGCUCUCGGAAACAGGCUCCGUGUUUGAGACUCAGAUCUGGUUGGGUCUCCGCGGGUUUGUGUUCAGUGUUACUGGUGGUUGGUUGUGGAGGAAGCUUGCUUCAUGCCUUCGCAGGAUGACUAACGUGUGUAGCUGUGUUGAUCUGAUUUUCGCCUGUCACCCAUUUGGGGAGUGUUAGAAUGGACGCUCAGCCCCCUCUGUAACCGUCUCAGUGUAUGGCCCGGAACUUGAAGUGACCCAGACAUUCUUUAAUAGUCAGUGUUUUGAUCACAAGUUGGGGGCAAAACUUUUCAAUUCUGUACUUUUCUAGUAGAUAAUUGAAGUGGGAAGACAAGGAGAGGCAUCUAUAUUUUGCUGUUAAAAAAAUUUUGUUUUCAAUCAAUUUCUUUCAAAACGGGAGACUUCAGGGGCUGGGGCUGGGGCUCAGUGGUGGAGGCACUGGGUUCACUUCUCGGCACCACAUAAAAAUAAAGGUCCACUGACAACUAAAGAAUACUUUUCAGAAAGAGGGUGGGGAGCCUGCAGAGAGGAUCUUUGCAUCCGGGGAUGUCCCUGUGGGUGUGAGCGAGACAAGUGCCAGGUGCCCUCGCAGACUGUUCCCACACGGCGGGCUGCUCUUGGUUGAUGAUGUGCGUGUGGGAGGGCUCACUGAAGGGAGGCGGGUGAGACUGUGUAUCGUGGAACUGUCCUUGCAGUGGGUUGCUGUUUUCUAAAUUUUGCUUUUUGGGGAUCAGAAAAUAAAGUCCUUUGUUGGAACUGGAA